AUGCCGGCACCUGCGUUCGGGCCGUCGAUGGCCGCGGUUCCCGGCGCGUCCCGCUUGACUGGGGGUGCGGAAACGCCGGGCGACUCGCUCAAGAACUGGUCGUCGCUGAUCGGCAUCGUCACGGCCAUCGUUGGCAAUGUUCUCAUCGCGCUGGCGCUCAACGUGCAGAGAUAUGCUCACACACGACUGCAAAAGGCACGGGCGAGAAUACGACAAAGAGCCCGCACGGCCAUGCUGCUGAGCCAGAGCAGGGGCGCCGCGUCCGGAGUGUACGGCACCAUCGAUGGAGGAACCGACGGGCAGAGCACCAUCGGCACAGACACGGGCCACGUGGGAGCGAACGGUGGUGAUGGCGAGAGCCAUGGAGGCCGGGAGACGGACCCGCUGGCGGCCUCGUACCAAUCGAACGGAACAGCCGACGGCGACGACGACGGCGACGACGACGGCGACGACGUUGGCGAUGCCACCUCGACCUAUCUCAAGUCGCCCUACUGGUGGCUCGGCCAGAUCCUCAUCACGCUCGGCGAAAUGGGAAACUUCCUUGCCUACGGGUUCGCGCCGGCAUCCAUCGUCUCGCCACUGGGCGUCGUCGCCCUCAUCUCCAACUGCAUCAUCGCACCCCUCAUGUUCCACGAGAGGUUUCGGCUGCGAGACUUUUGGGGCGUCGUCAUCGCCGUCGCCGGUGUCGUGACGGUCGUGCUGAGCGCAAACACCAAGGAGACGAAGCUGGAGCCUCACGACGUCUGGCGGGCCAUCACGACCUUGGCCUUUGAAAUAUAUCUGGCCGUCACCGUGGCGCUCAUCGUCGCCCUCAUGUGGGCCAGCAGCGUCUACGGACGGCGGACCAUCCUCAUCGACCUCGGCCUCGUCGGCCUCUUCGGUGGGUACACGGCCUUGGCCACCAAGGGCGUGUCGUCGAUGCUUUCGUCGACGCUCUGGAGAGCCUUCACCACGCCCGUCACCUACGUCCUCUUCUUCAUCCUGCUCGUCACGGCCGUGAUGCAGAUCCGCUACGUCAACAAGGCGCUGCAGCGCUUCGACUCGACGCAAGUCAUCCCCAUCCAGUUUGUCCUCUUCACGCUCUGCGUCAUCCUCGGCAGCGCCAUCCUCUAUCGCGACUUUGAAAAGACGACGGUCGAGCAGGCGGCCAAGUUUGUCGGCGGCUGUCUGCUCACCUUCUUCGGCGUCUUCCUCCUCACGAGCGGGAGGCGAGGGCAGGGCGAGGACGACGAAAGCCUGUUCUCGGACGACGACGUCGAGGAGACGAUUGGCCUGACGCACCACGACAGCAACGCAUCGGCCCCGGAGCAUGUCGUUGCGACGCCCAAAUCUCAGUCGCGGAGGUCGAGCAGGCUGUCGCGGGUCAGCUUCGCCGACACGGUCAAGCCCAUGUCCCCGUCCGACGUGGCCGGAAGCCCGACGGCACAGCUCUCGGGGGUCGAGGGUGUCCCGGGCUGGUCGGGAGGAGAGUCGUCGCCGCUGUCGAGCAGCGCUUGGCGACAAUCGUGGGGCCCGACGGCACCGCCUCAGCACGGCAGCAGAACAUUGUCGGCCGACGCGGCCGUGACGGGCUCGGCGAUUAUGUAUUCGCCGAUGAGUUCCGUGCCGCAGACGCCAACCGUCGCCUCCUCCAUUGCACCGAAUCACGCGGUCGAAGCGACGCCGCGCUCGGCCUUGUCGCGGACGACAAGCCACCAGCGCGCCAAGACCUUUAUAUCGCCGUCUCCGUUUGCAUCCACCGUCACGACCGUCGUCAAGGAUGCCUUUCUCCGGGAGCAUGACAAGUCGUCCACUUCCGGGUCGUCGCUGAGACGGAUACGAUCGACGAUCCGAGCCAGCCUGUUCUUCAACGACGACGUCGACGUCGACGACGAGGACAUGCGUCGCCGGUACUGCCUUGCCAUCUCCGACGAGCAGAUUCCGCAUCCUCCGCCGAGACGGGACGUCGUCGGAGACCAGCCGCACGAGGCCGGCGCCGGCCGUCAGAGGUCACAAAGCUUCAGCAAGGUGCUGGGCGAUUUCUUCCGGCCCAGAAAGAAGUCGGAGUCGACGGGGAGACGAGCCGAGCCCGACACGGAAAGCGACGUUGCAUCGACGGGCAGCUCGUCGGCAUCCUCCUCGGCAGCACGAGCGCGAUAG